AUGGCUCUCGAAGAGUUGUCAGAUGCGCAUGCCAUCUUGCUAGCUACAUAUUUUUGUGCAGAUGGUAAUGUGGCGGACUUGCCUAUUCUACAGGCCCGGUUUCCCCAUUGUUUCCCAUUGAAGCGCCUCCUACGUAUCAUCUUGACCUUUCUCCCAGAGAGCACAGAGCCCUCCCACUACGUCUCAGUACUACAAGAGCUAGUCAAUAGCUCAAGUCCACCGAUAGAUCGAACGAUCGACACCUCUGCUGUCCAGGACUUGUCCGAAUCGACUGCCAGAAAGCGUGUGCGACAGCUUAAUUUACGGCCAUUGCAACGCCCCGGCGAGGAAGACGAGAUCGCAGCAGCAGAUAUUCUGACUCAGUUCCUUAUUCAUCGAGCACAUUUGAUUGAUUCGGAAACAGCGCUUCAACCCCUUAUACUCGGCCUUAUCAUACCAUUCUACGAGCACUCUCCCAUCAUUCGAACAUGGCUGAUCUCGAGUCUACUACCUUUGCUUCGACUGAACUAUGAAUUUUACGCCAAUCGUGACGAAACUAUAUCUCUAGAAGUUUUGGAGUCUAUGGACGAUCAAACGGCGGUCAACAUUCUUCUGUCUUUGAUGAGCUCCGAAGAAAGCAAGAUGGAUUUGGUGAACAACUUGAGGGGUCUGAUUGGACCGUGGCUCUAUGGUGGCAAUCGGUCUAAACGGCGAAGACUUAACGAAGCAGCCAAGCAAAACUCUGUUUCUUUUAUCCAAGGUUCUGAGAAAUCCCAGGCAACUGAAUUGGCUGGAUGGGAACACGUGAAUGAAUGGCUACUUUCGCGGAGUCUGGUCGACCGCGACAGUGUCGUGAGUGCCUUCACAAACUGGGAUGGACCAUCAGAUGUGGACUUUGGUGGGUAUGACAAUGCUAGCCGGCAGUUAUCGGAAGAACAGAGGAGAGACUUACGGGUUCGAUACGGACAAUCUGGUCUUGCAGUGGUUUAUGCCCAUGCAGAUUCAUCGACAGCUGUGCUAGAUGGCUCCUUGCAGGUUUUGACGAGGGUCUCCAAGCUUCUCGAGCUUGAAGAAAGUUCGUACCUAGCUCCUGGUACAGAUUUACCAUCUGUGCACUAUGAUGCCGAGUCGAUUUCCUCGACAUCUCGCGCAUCACUAUUACAGAAUUCCCUUCUGAGACCGACGAAUCCUCUUACAAAACCUUCGCCUGCAUCAGUCUCGUUUCUCAGCGCUUUACUUCUCUCUCUUCGUAUAUUGGCCGACCUGGGUCAUCUGAUUCCUUGCCGAGUUGCAGCAAAUAUGUGUCUUCAUAGCACGGAAGAGAUGCAGUUGGCUGAACUCAAAAAUGUGGUGGACUCUACUGUGAAGCAGCCAAAAGCAAGCCGAGACUGGUCCGUGGUUCGGCAACAAUUGCUCUGGCUUCGAGAUUGGCAAGCAGAACAGUCAGACAAUGCCUGGGAUCAACCUUCACCCUACCAUGGGCUUUUCUGGCGGGUCCCACGCGACACGGUUGAGACUGAGAUCUUAAAGGCGCUGCUGGCAGCUAAAGAAUUUCAACUGGCUAUCGAUAAAUAUACCGACUUUAAAAUAGCGCCACUCAAUUCUGUCCAAGUGGAAGCGGCGGUCCAAGAAGCUAUAUUCGCGGCGUAUGACAAUGCAAGCAAUGGGAACCGAACCCGGGGCGGGAUGAAGAGAGCUUACGACAUUUUACAAUCGUUCCAACCACACUUCCCAGAGUCUUCUACAUUCAAACAGAUUCAUGCCCUCAUCGCCGCAACACAUGCACUCUCAUACUAUUCGCUGACCCUGGAACACGGUGUCCCAUUCCAACCUGUCAGCAUUCGUGUCCACCACGAUCCCAUCCUCUUGAUCGAGAAAGUACUCGAGCAAAACCCCAAGAGCUACACCAAACUAGAUGAUCUUCUAUCCAUCGGCCGAAAUCUAGUUUCCGCAGGUGUUCCCACUAAAGCGGCAACACAUGAAGCCGAAGACGAGCCAUCUCACCACAAACCCUCAAAGGAGGAUGCCCUUCUCACCGCAGAACGCCGCAUCACCUCCUUAGCAAUUGCUUCCGCUCUAUCCUUCAACGACUUCGGCACAGCCUACUCUUACAUCCUGACCCGGCUAACGCCACCAUCCCUCCUCUCCACCUCCUCCCCACUUCUAAAGACCCCAACCGUCCCAGACGACAUCACCUGGCGCGCUGUCUACAACGCCGGCCGUUAUCGCGCAGCAACACCCACCCAUCCACCCCCAACCCUCCAAUCCCAAAUCUCCCACCUUUCCCAAAGAAUGGAACUUCUUUCCCUCUCCCUCGUCCUCGUUCCAUCCCCGGACCCCCUCCCAGAAAUCCUCGGCGCCUGGCGCCGCUGCGACGAAGAACUUUCCUCUCUCCGGGCACGCGAACAGCAGGAAGAAGAUCUCUGGGACCGAAAGGGCGACAAAUUGGCCUCCGUGCCAGGCGGGUUCGGCCCCUCAGACUCCGAGCGUGACGCCUUCGACACAGAACAGCAGCGCGCGGCGCGGCAUGCCCGUGCCCGCGCCGCAAUGCCGAACUCCCAUCGCCACGAGGCACCCAUGGGACUUUUCGACGUUGCUCGCGGGGCGGCUCUGGCGCUGCAUAAGAACGCGUUCCCACUGAGGAGCGCUGCUGAUGAGUCGACGAAACGUGCUGCUCCGGUUGAGGAUCGGCCGUUGUCGCCGGAUAGUGAGGGGCGUGUUCGGAAGAGGGACAUGGUCAGCAAUAUGGUGACUGGGGGCUUGGUUAGUGGAAUCGGGUGGGUUCUCGGAGCUGAUCCAGUGAAUAAUAAGUAA